AUGUUGGCUGCCGUGGAACAUGGUCCCAUCCUCUGCAGCGACUCCAACAUCCUCUGCCUUUCGUGGAAAGGCCGGGUCCCCAAGAGCGAAAAAGACAAGCCGGUGUGCCGGAGACGGUACUAUGAGGAGGGCUGGCUCGCCACAGGGAACGGGAGAGGAGUUGUUGGCGUGACGUUUACAUCGAGUCACUGCAGGAGGGACAGAACUACACCUCAGAGAAUCAAUUUUAACCUGCGAGGACACAACAGCGAGGUUGUCUUGGUGCGUUGGAAUGAACCCUUUCAGAAGCUCGCCACCUGUGAUAUGGAAGGAGGUAUUUUUGUAUGGAUCCAGUAUGAAGGAAGAUGGUCUGUAGAAUUAGUGAACGACAGAGGAGCACAGGUGAGUGACUUCACUUGGUCGCACGAUGGCACUCAAGCGCUCAUCGCGUACCGGGAUGGCUUCGUGCUGGUCGGCUCGGUCAGCGGACAAAGACACUGGUCCUCCGAGAUUAACCUGGAGAGUCAAAUCACCUGUGGCAUCUGGACUCCCGAUGAUCAACAGGUCUUGUUUGGUACGGCAGACGGUCAGGUGAUAGUGAUGGACUGUCACGGACGAAUGCUUGCCCACGUUCUCUUACACGAGUCCGAUGGGAUCGUGAGCAUGUCCUGGAACUGCCCCGACUUCCUGGUCGAGGACAGCACAGAGAGCGACACAGACUCCGAUGACAAUAUUCUGCCUUUAGGUACAAACUCCCACUGCUCGUAUGACAUGCGCAGAGUCAAGCCUCUGUUGACCGUCACCUUCUUAUCAGGAGACAUCAGUUUAAUGAACAACUACGAUGACCUCUCUCCUGCUGUAAUUCGCUCAGGGCUGAAAGACGUUGAGGCGCAGUGGUGCUCGCAGGGAGACCUCCUGGCUGUGGCCGGCAUGGAGAGACACGGGCUUCCCGCCGAGUCGGCCUGCGCGUCCAUCAUGAGGAACGCCCUUGUUAAGUUCUAUAAUGUCCAAGGAGAACACAUCUACACCUUGGAAACACCGGCACAGAGGCCCAUCACCACCAUCUGUUGGGGUCACAGAGACUCUCGUCUGUUCCUUGCAUGUGGACCGGCACUGUACGUGGUGCGCGUGGAGCACAGGGUGGCCAGCCUCCAACUUUUAUGCCAGCAGGGCAUCGCCAGCGCCCUGCGAGAGGAGAAAGACGUGGGCAAGCUGAACAUGCCCUCGCUGCUCUGCUCUUAUGUCACCACUGCUUUCAUUCCCACCAUCAAGCCCCCAAUCCCUGACCCCAACAACAUCCGUGACUUUGUCAGCUAUCCCACAGCUGGGAAUGAGAGGCUCCACUGCACCAUGAAGAGGGCAGAGGACAGCCCUGAGGCAGGCGGACCCUGCUACACUCUGUACCUGGAAUAUUUAGGAGGGCUGGUGCCUAUUCUCAAAGGAAGGCGCAUCAGUAAACUGCGGCCCGAGUUCGUCAUCAUGGAUCCGAAAACGGACAGCAAAGCAGAGGAGGUGUGUGUUAAUCCCAUGAUCUCAUACACUGACAGCUGCAACUGCUCUGACUCCAGUGACAUUGAGUUAAGCGAUGAGUGGGUCGGGAAGAAGUCACCAAAGUUAUCCCGAGGAAACAGGUCACCCAAACUCUACAUGAUGAACAUGGAAUUGAGAAAAUCUCCCAAACUGUCACGCGCCAAUCAGGAAGGCCAACGGUCGCCACGGUUACCAACAAAGAAGCCUCCAGUUCGCUCUCCCAGUCUGACACGGCGAGAGUUCUCAAUGGAUGGGAUCACUGAGCACAACUACCUCGCUCAAGUCACAUCCAACAUUUGGGGGACAAAAUUCAAAAUUGUUGGCCUCGCCUCUUUCCUCCCCGCCAAUCUCGGUGCAGUGAUCUAUAAGACAAGUUUGCUUCAUCUGCAGCCGAGACAGAUGACGAUCUACCUUCCAGAAGUGCGAAAGAUUUCUCAUGACUUUAUGAGCCUGCCUGUGUUUAACCCCAAUGUGUUCAGUGAGGAUGAGGAUGACUUACCAGUAAUGGGGCCUUCUGGAGUGGCAGGAGAAAAUCCUCCCUGUACAGUCAACAUUCCCAUUGCUCCCAUCCACAGUCCAGCUCAGGCCAUGUCUCCAACUCAGAGUAUUGGCCUGGUCCAGUCUCUUCUGGCCAAUCAGAAUAUUCAGCUUGAUGUCCUGACCAACCCUACAGCCACUGCAGCAGCUGCAGCUGCAGCUGCAGCAGCUUCUGUCCCUGUUAGUGAUCACGGGCAGGAUGCAGUUGCAACACCGUACCCAGUGCCAACUCGGUACUCAAACCCUGGUCAGGUGAUUUUCAACGGGCUGGAGAUGGGUCCUCUUCUUCCUGGUACUCUUCCUCCCCCACCUCCACCUCACCAUCUCCCACCGCAGCCUCACCCGCAGCGCUCUCAUUCACAGGGGGAGCAUGGGCACACUCUCAAGCCAAGUCUGCCGCGGACUUUGCCUCCCUUCACUGACAUGGAUGGAUCUGUGGAGAUCCAGAUGAGGAAGGUUAACCCUCCUCCUCCAUACCCAGGCACCGUAGUGUCUGCAGCUGCAGCUACGGCCGCCACUGCGCCUCAAACUCUUGUCACAAACUGUGACAGCCCAAGCGUCCUGGCACCAGACCCCUGCCUCAAGAAGGAUGAAUUUUUGCUUCACCCUGUCACUUUGCAGUACCCAACGCCUCUGGGGUACGAAAGGAUCACGACCUUUGACAGCAGUGGCAACGUGGAGGAGGUUUGUCGGCCACGCAGGCGCCUCAUCCGCAAUCAAAAUGCAUACGCUGUCCAUGGCUCCGCCACGCUCAAAGUCACUUCCUCUGAGAAUAAAAAAAUUCAGCUUCCCUACAGCUCAGCAACAUUGAGUCGUCUCUCUGUCCCUCGAUACUCAAUACCUAGCGGGGACCCUCCUCCUUACCCCGAUCCAGCCAAUCAAGUAAAUUCCACACUUCCUCCUCCCCAGAGAAUUGAUAGCAGUCUGAUUCAUGCCACUCUGCGUCGUGACCGCAGGGAUGUGGGACUGAAAGUGCCACAGAUGAUGGAAAGCUCAAGAACCCUUCCCUCCAAGGCUAAAAUAAACAGUGCACUAGCACUUACCUACCAGCAGAGGGUGCCCACUGCAUUGUACACAUGCACACAGUGCAGCAGCAACAGCAGCAGCACCAGCGUCAGUGUCAGUGGUGGCGGAACUACAAGUAGUGGCAUUGCAGGUGGGACGGUGGUGAGGCAGGACUUCCCACCAGGGAAAGGAGCACAUCACAGCACCAUUAUUGUGCACUCCAAAGGUGCCUCACCCCUGGCCUCUCAGUCAUCUUACAGUCUGCUGGGUGCUGUUGAUAACAGCAGGGACAGAACGGUGUAUGUAAACUCUGCCUUUACCGAAGAUGAGACUUUAAAUCAGCAGUGUCACCUCGAAAAAUCCGUACGUCAGCUGACUCUUGGCGACGUCAGCUUGACAGUUAAACGCCCUCCGCCUUACCAGUGGGACGCCUCCACCACAGAGGAGUUCUGGCUCACCCCAGAACAAACCAUGUUAGGUCCUCCACCAGGACCUCACAAACCACCUCCUCUCAUCAUCGGUCAAGCUCAGCACUUGGACAUGACUCAGCUACCGUUUGUCCUCACGACUAAACCUCCAACCAGUCCGAGCACGAGCACACUCACUUUCCCAUCAGGUUACCAGAUAUCCCUCUCGCCUUUUCCUCCAGGUGUGGCUCACAGCGGCCCUCCUCUUCAGACCUUACAGAACCCUCCACCACAGUGCUCUCCAAACGAAGUGGUUGCUUCAGUCCCUUUUGCUCAGCAGGACUCCAACUUGGUCUUGCCACCUGGCUAUCCUCCAAAUCUAGCUAACUUGGCCUGCUGCCAGCUCCCUCCAAUGUAUCCAGGAGCCAGCUCAUGUGCCGGACUUCAGCUGCACCCUGUCAACCUUCACCCCUGGAACCCUUACCCCUGUCCCCCGCCCAUGCAAGACCCUCCAGCACCUCCCCUCCCUACCAAAACUCAUCAGAUUUUAGAGAAGCCAAUUCUAUCACCACCUCCUCCUACUGCACCACCUCCACCGCCCCCUCUCCCUCCUCCUCCCCCACCUACUGAGCUGCCACCCUCCAAAAGUGCCACAGAGGAUCUAGCAGAGUCUGCCAACAACUUUCCAGAGCCAUCUUCCCUGAAUGAAAGCCCUGUGCCACAGGAGUCAGAGCGCUUCAACAAGAAAAGCCGCAAAAGACUGGACAGCAGAGCCGAGGAGGCCAACAUGCCGACCGUCUCUGAGGGCAAAUCCAGAAAGGAAGGGCGCGCGCUCUCCGACUUCAACACUCUCAUUUCCAGCCCAAGACUUGGCAGCAGAGAGAAGAAGAAACCCAAGGGCCAAAGAGAGCAGCUCAAUAAAACAAAGAAGAUGAGCAGGACCACAAAUGAGUUCCAGGACAGCUCGGAGAGUGAGCCGGAGCUGUUCAUUAGCGGCGAUGAGCUCAUGAACCAGAACCAGAGUAGUAAGAAGAGCUGGAAGAACAAGCGCAGCAUGCGCAUGGCGAGUGAGCUGGAGGAGAUAAAGUGCCGCAAGGCAAAUGAAAGAGAGGACCGUAGUCUGGGAAGCCAAGGAUUUGUCUACGUUAUGGCCAAUAAGCAGCCACUGUGGAACGAAGCCACCCAAGUCUACCAGCUUGACUUUGGAGGACGAGUCACGCAGGAGUCAGCAAAGAACUUUCAAAUUGAGCUGGAUGGUAGACAGGUGAUGCAGUUUGGGCGAAUUGACGGGAAUGCCUAUAUCUUGGAUUUCCAGUAUCCUUUCUCAGCUGUGCAGGCAUUCGCUGUGGCCUUGGCCAAUGUCACUCAAAGGCUGAAGUGA